UGGAAGAACCUGAAAGGGAGACUGGAAAGCAGCAGCUGGGGAAGUGAGAGGAAAACUGAGCAUUUGUAAUCUUCGAAGCCAUUUGAGAGUCAAGCCCGCCUGGUAUACCAGCAGAUGAAGACUCUAAAAAGGGGGUCUAUACUUAUUCUCUUUAGCAAUUGAGAGUCUGCUCUGGGCGCCAUCAGGCCUCAUGGGGAAGCGGGAUAACCGGGUGGCCUAUAUGAAUCCUAUAGCAAUGGCCAGAUGGAGGGGCCCAUCGCAAUCCUUAGGCCCAACAAUACAAGAUUAUCUGAAUCGACCAAGGCCCACCUGGGAAGAAGUGAAGAAACAAUUAGAAAACAAAAAGAAAGGCUCCAAGGCACUAGCGGAAUUCGAAGAAAAAAUGACUGAGAAUUGGAAGAAAGAAUUAGAAAAAAGGAGAGAGAAGUUAUUGAGUGAAAAGGAGGGCUCAUCCAAAAAAAGAGAAAAGAAGAAAAAGAAGAAGAAGAAGAAGAAGAAGAAAUAUUGUCAGUCUUCACCUUCUUCAUCAAGCUCUGAUUCUUCAAGCAGCUCUUCAGAUUCUGAGGAGGAGGAAAAGAAACAUGGAAAAAAAAGAAAGAAAAAGAAGAACCGUUCACACAAAUCAUCAGAAAGCUCUACCUGUGAAUCUGAAUCAGAGAGCAAGGUGUCUGUUAAAAAGAAGAAGAAGUCAAAGGAUGACACAGAGAAAGAAAAGCAUGUCAGAAGUCUCAGCAAAAAAAGGAAGAAGGCCUGUCCUGAGGAGAAACCUUCAUCACCAGAUUCCUCAUCAGAAUCAGAUUACGAAGAGGAGGCUCAAGCAAAAAAGAAGAGAAGACGUGAAGAGCGAGAAAAAGCAAUGGAGAAAGCAAAGAAGAAGAAGAAGAAACAGCACAAAAAACAUAGUAAGAAGAAGAAAAAGAAGUCGAGUUCAAGUCACAAGGCAGCAUAAUAAGAAGGAAAAAGUCAAAAUUGCCCUAUUGAAAAAAGCAAGGUCUAGAAGAAGCUUCAACUGUGAAUGUUAGGGCAUAUUUACCAAAAUGCAUGAGUUUCCCUGUGUUAGUAGAAUUAUUCCUGGACUUUUGAGUUGCCAGUCCAAUGCCACUGUGCCGGAAAGGGCCUUAAUUGUUGCCUGCGGCUUAAAUAUAGGAUUUUGCUUGUUUGUCUCUUUUUCUUUCCACUGGUUAAUUCCUCUGAUAGUUAAAACCCUGUUGUCAUACUAGUAGUUAAAACGUUUGGAAUUAAAGUAAAAUGUUUUAGAUGAUAAA